GGGGCCCUCGAGGCGGGGCCGCGCGACCCCCAGCUCAGCGGCCGCCACCGCAGCGCGUCGCCCACUCCGGCCACCGCCAGAGGCCGGGUCCGCCGUCCCCCCAACAUGUCGCGUUACUGCAGGCACAAGUACAAGAGGGGGGACCUGGUUUUUGCCAAGUUAAAGGGCUACGCCCACUGGCCGGCCAGGAUAGAGCAAAUGGCCGCCCCGAAUCGCUAUCAAGUGUUUUUUUUCGGGACCCACGAGACGGCCUUCCUGAGCCCCCAACGCCUCUUCCCGUACGAGGAGGCCAAGGAGAAGUUCGGCAGGCCCAACAAGAGGAGGGGGUUCAGCGCGGGGCUGUGGGAGAUCGAGAACAAUCCUACCGUCCAGGUCGCCGGCCAGCCCCUGGCCCAAGAGCAGAGCUGCGCGGAAGGGCCACCGCCGGCGUCCGAGGCCACCGAGGGCGACGGGGACCAGGAGAGCAUCGCCGACGGCGACAGUGAUGAGCAGGGGAAGCCCGGCGUCGACCAGACGGUCCAGGAGGCGGGCGAGAAGGGGCCGCUGAAGAGGAGCGCGGGGGAGCUGCCGGAGGACGCCGCCAAGCGUCCCAAGGAGGCCGCGCCAGAAGCGGAGGAGGAGGAGGCCGCCGGGGAGGCCGCGCUGCUGCUGGAGCCGGAGGAGGAGGACGCCAGCGCCACGGCCCAGCCAGGCCUGGCAGGAGGGUCGCCCCCAGAGCAGCGGGAACCCAAGGAGGAGGCCGCCGAGAAAGACGUCGAGGCCCCAGGCGUUGGAGAAGGUCGCGAGAGCCUGUAGUCACCAAAGUCUCAAGAAGAGACCCCGCCCCCCGUUCCUGCUGCGGCCUGGCUGUUACUCGGGAAACCGACCUCGGCCUGCCAACUGGGACGCCUUCCCCGCCCCCACCCGCUGUCCUUGGCCCGCUCUUCCUGUCCACGUCCAGCCCCUGGGAUUGACCUGGAUGCUCAGGCCACCUGCCGUUCACCUCUCUGUCCCCACAUACCUGUAAACUGAGUCAAGGCCUGUGCUCCCCGGGAUGAGAUGAGACCACCCUGCCCCUCCCUGCCUGGAACUGUUUCCCAAGGCUUCUGUUGGGGCCUGCACCGGCUGUUGCCACCCCCGGGACCCCUCUCUCCCUCCCCCAGGCACUCUGGACCUCUGUGUUGGAAUCCGGAGUAGGAGGGGAAGAGGUGAAGAGAGGUGGAGGAUAAAGAGCAGGGGUCCUUCCAGGGGCCUGGAAAGGGCAAUCCUCAAACUAUGGUGGCGGGGGCGGGUGUUGGCAGGAGAGUGACGUCUUCCUGAGCUCCUGUCCACUCCUCCCAUACCUAUCAUCCCUGCUGCCUAGAUUCAGGGAAAGUGGGACAACUUAACUGGGGAGAGCUUUUCUUUCAGAAAUCCUUUUGCUGACCUAGGGAGUUCUGGGAUUGUAGUUUUUCAUUGGAUAAUUUGAGGGCAUCCCCGUUGUUUGUGAUAUGGGAAGGCUUAGCUUUGCCCAGCUUCUUGGAUGGGAAUGUGAGGAGGCCCCAUUUAGCUCUCUGGGGCACCAUGGGAUGUUCUCGGGAGACCCUUGGCCACCCGUUUCGCUCUCCCCACAGCCUCAAGACUACCCUACAGUCAUAUACACCACCCAGGCAUCAAAGAAAAGGCACAUUGUUUAGGAAACCUUUUUGAUAAAAGAAAAUUUUAAAAAAUUUAAGAACUAUUCCUGGGUAUGCCUCCACUCUGCUCCUAACUCUUCCAAUGCUACCCCCAUUUCUGAGAUAAACUCGGAGGUUUCCCUUCUGUUUGGGGUUUUGUAACCUUCUUUUUCUAGUUAAGGCUUUGGUGUUGCUUUGCAGGGUCAUUUCCCAUCCACAUCCUCCAACCUGGUCCCCUCAGGAUUGUCACAAGGCCUGAUAUGUAACCUACCGAGACGACGGAGAGAGACGUGUCUCCUCCUAACCUCUUCCCAGUGGUCUCUCUAUGCCUUUCUUCAUCUUUUGUCCGUGUCACCCCUGCCCUUCUACCUUGGGCUCUUAUGAAAUAUUGUUGACUGUAGCUUUGGGAGUUAAGAUCUGAAUUAUUUCGGUUCUAGAAAAUAAAACCCGCUGAUUACUUUAAACAAA